CCGCAAUAUGGAAGUUGUAUAUAAAGCCAAAUCUCUUGUUAGAUUUCAUUACGAAGUAUUUGAUCAAAUCUGUCUGCCAUGAAGUAUCUGAUUUCAGUUUGCCUCUUUCUUUUCAUUAUUACUAUCGAAGGUAGGAGAUAUGGAGAGAAAAGACCCCCAUUUCAUUCACUAAAAGGCUUUUUGGGCGGUCCAAGAAAAACGUUUGGAGGAAAAGGAAUCAUUGGAAAUAAAAAGAGGACCGGAUUCUUAGAUGGUUUUCGAAAGAGAGGAUUUCUUGGGGGACCCAGAAAAGGAUUCAAAGAAGGCAUUAUUAAGGACAAAGGUCUCAUUCCACCUAUAUCUGACAUCAUUCCAUUAAAGCCCGAUAUCAUGCCAGUAAAACCUGGCUUUAUUCCAGGGAAAUCCGAUAUAAUUCCAGUUAAUCCUGGCUUUAUUCCAGGGAAUUCCGAUAUAAUUCCAGUUAAACCUGGCUUUAUUCCAGGGAAAUCCGAUAUAAUUCCAGGAAAAUCCGACAUUCUUCCAGGUAAAACUGGAAUUAUUCCAGACAAGACUGGAGUAAUUGACGCCUGUCCCCCAAGACCAUGUCUUCAAACACAAGAAUUCAUUCCACAGGAAUGCCGUAGACCACAAUUUUUCCUCCACAAUGGACGUGAAUGUCCUGACUGUGAUAUCGAUAUAUGCAUAGGCGGAUCUGUUCUUCCCGAUAUUCGAGGAGGGUGGGGAAGUGGUUUAGGACCCCGUGGUCCUCUUAGCCCUGGGGGACCUAUUAUACCUAGAGGGAAUCUCCCGGGAGAUCUAGAUCGGCGAAGCGAUUUUGGACCGGGAUUUCCCGAUGUUUCACCGGGAAUAAACACCCAAAUCGGUGGUGGUUUAUUUCCAGACCUUCCAUUCGCCGGACGAUUUGGAUCUGAUCGGAUCAAUAGAGGUUUCGGUGGUGUUGACCAAUUCGAUGUACAAAACAGAGGACAGUUUGGUCAGAUACCAAGUAUUACACGAUUUAGAGGUUUUGACCAAUCGGGAAUUCAGAACGGAGGACAGUUUGGUCCAAUACCAGGCAUCGCAAGAACUGGACUUGUGAAUCGCCUUAAUGCCGGAUUUGAAUUUAAUCCCUCGUGGAACACAGGAAAUGUGGGAGAUUUCGGUGCCUCAUGGAGAGACAAUACGCUGCCUAUCAAUAGUCGGUCAAUCUAGUUAUUGCAUUCUGUGAUAUAAUUAUUAAUUUUUAUAUGCAUAUGAAAUCCAAUAUAUAAUAAAAUGUUACUUUUAAUCUUAAGCUUCAUUACUUAGAUGAUGUAUGUGUUCUAAUAUAUUGAAAUGGCUUUGGUGCAAAUAAAAUGGCGCUAAGCUAUGAGUAACGUUAAAAUAUUGUUAGUCGUACUUUGAAAUCACACAUUCUGGUUUGUGUCAAACAAUUCCUGACCCACAUUUACACUGAAUAUGUGUAACUCUAAGCGAUGAGGAUCUAAUUAAUAUGGAAAAAUCAAGCAGCCUCACAUGA